GAGACCGAUCAUGCAGGCUGUCGGUUCUGCCGGUGUGGCCACUCAUUCCACGAUUAAUUGCGUUUCCUCGCUGUCCUUUAUGAUAACCAUCCCUUGUCCGCAUCCAUCGUCGUACCACUAAAAACCGAGCAUACUGCUCACUUUCGAGACGUCCUCAAUGACGAGCAACGGCGGUCCAAGUACUUCCGCUAGCGUCGGGACUACCGACCCCGCAUACACCCAAAUCUUCGCCGCUAUGCAAGCUCAAGCCGUUGCGUCGAUGCUAGGGCAAAACACCUUUUCAGCCACCAAUAUGUUGGGCCAAAACGCUCUCAUGGCUCAGUUCUCUUCACAGAACACCAUGAGCAACUUUGCAGGGGUUAAUUCUUCGCAAUCGAACCUAGUCACUGCGAUGGGGAUGCAGGCUUUGCAGCAGACGGCUGGCAUUAACUUUUCCCAGCUUACUAUGGGACAACUUAUGGCGGACGCUAUCAAAAUGAGUACGCCGGUUGGAUCCAUGCCCGAUGAUGAGGAACUGCUCAUACAGGCCUUGUGCGAGAGUGAGACGAAGGGACAUAGUUACCGUCAAGCCCUCGAAGGGUUGCAUGGAAAAAACAGUCAUGCUGCCAACGUGUGGAAAGAUUAUUAUUUGGAACACCAUCGCCGCCUUAAUGGAAUCAUCAGCAAACGUUGCCAAUCUUGUGCGAAGCCAGGUUGUGCGAAGCGACCUCGUUUUGAUGAGAGCGGGCCUUCUUCGUCGCAUGAAAAGCCACCACUUGCGCGACCCUCCCGACCUCUUAGGAGACGCUCUAAAGAAAAGGAGCGGGCUAAAGCCUCUCGCUCGUUUGAUGACGAUGAUGAACUCGACGUAAAGCCUCCAAAACCAUCUCCAGAACCUCAGCAGUCUACUUCUGAACGUGCCUCAGUCGAUAGGAUACCAUCCCGUUGCCCCACACCCCCUACAGAGCUAAUACCCAUAGAUCCCCAGGGCAAGGCUCACCGCUACACGGACGCUGACCACGAUUUCAUGCUGAAUUACCUACGAUGGCGCCUUCAUCAAGAACCUUCCAUUACCCAGGAGCUUCUUGGCGAUGAGUUGGCUGAAAAGGUUCCCCAUCAUAGUGCACCGUCUUGGCGACGUUAUAUGCAGCGUAAGAAGGAUGAAGUCGAGCCUAUUUUUCAGGAAGCCCGUAGAGCGACACCUCCUCACGAAGACGAAUCUAGCGAAACUGCAGCUGAUCAGAGCGACGCUGAGUCUGCUUCUGGAUCCCAGACACGGGACUCGGACAACAAGGAAUCGGACGCUGGCGAUGGUGACAGUACCGGCGAGCACGAUGAGCACGAUGAGGAUUCUGAUGGUCAUGACGAGAAAGACACCGACUCCGAAGAUGACUUACGGCACAUGAGCGGACGUCGCGAAGCAUUCAGUGAUGCGGACAGACGUAUUAUGGCUCGAUAUAUAGCAUCCAUACCUGACUGGGAGACAUUGACUGCAAAGGACCGUUGGCUUCCGUAUGAACAGAUGUAUCCUCAGCGCAAUUUUAAAGCAUAUGCGCAACUCUAUCGUACCCAUGGUGCCGCGGUUGACUAUGAAGCUUACAAGUAUCGUCAACGGAGGGAACAACAACAAUCUGUUAGUGCGCAAGUGGGUAGAAGAACAGGGACAAAGGGGAACGAGGAGCAGUCUUCGGACAGUCGCAGCCAUAAGCGACGACAUUCGGACUCAAGUUCAGGUGGGGAGAAAGACGUGCCGUUGAGUGCUCGCAAGCGAGGACGAUCUGACGAAUAACCAGACUGUCCGAGCAUUUACAACCAUUCUACGAUCUGCUCUAAAUAUUAUUCUAUGUCACUCAUUUAUAAUUGUUGUUGUAUGUACCACCCUUAGUGGUUUAAAUGAUGUAUCAUGUGCAUACAUACUUAGAGACACCAUGGUAUACUUGUGUUC